AUGCUCCUCAUCCCACUGCCAGCCUGGCUGGCCCUGGGCAUCCUGCAGCUGCCCCUCGGCAGCACCCAGGAGUGCCUGAGCCAGCAGCAGGCGCUCAGCGCGGUGCGGCAGAUGCAGAAGGUGCUGGCGGCGCAGGAGGCCGCCCACCUGCGGGGCACGCGUGGGCUCCGCAACCAGCUGUCCAUCCUCCAGAGCCGCCUCCAGAGACAGCCCAGCACACGCAACGACACCUGUCCGCAGCUGGCGGUGCCCCUGAACGGGCGGAUGCUGGGCCGGAGCGCGCGGGUGGGCCACGACGUUCACUUCGUCUGCAACGGCGGCUUCCGGCUGGUGGGCUCGGAGACGCGCAGCUGCCGGCACAACCGCACGUGGAGCGGCACCCAGCCCUCCUGCAGAAGUAUUGACGACUGCUCCAGCAACCCGUGUGCCAACAGCGGGACCUGCGUGGAUGGCGACCAGAGCUACACCUGCCUCUGCCCCCCAGGCUGGUCAGGCCCCACCUGCCAGAGCCCCAUCUACUCCUACUGGGUGACACUGAGCAACGCCUCCUUCAGCCGCCAGCCCCGCUGUGCCGAGGGCCGCUCGGGCUCCCGGCGCUGCAGCUGCGACACCGGCUUCCAGCUGAGAGCUGGUGGCGUGUGCCAAGAUGUGGAUGAGUGCCAGCUCUACCAGUCCAGCCCCCAGACCCGGAUUUGCCUCCACGACUGCCUCAACCUCCCUGGCUCCUACCGCUGCCUCUGCCCCCCCGGGUACCUCCUCCACGCCGACCGCAACGCCUGCGAGGAUGUGAAUGAGUGCACUGGGAAACAGCACAACUGCACCCAGGGCGACCUCUGCAUCAACACCUUCGGGGGCCACCGCUGCGUGCGCCCCAAGUGCCCCCCGCCUCGCCACAACACCAGCUACGUCAAGACCUCCGCCUUCCAGUGCGAGAGGAACCCCUGCCCCAUGGAGAGCCGGGCCUGCCUCCUGGCUGCCACCUCCAUCUCCUUCCACUACCUGCCGCUCCAGGCCAACCGCACCGUGCCCCGGGUCCUCUUCAAGAUGUCCACCACCCGCUUCGUGGGCGACAGCCUGCGCUUCGCCAUCACGGGCGGCCGGGGCCAGGCCGUCUUCUCCGUGCGCCGCUCCGACCGGCAGACGGGAGAGCUGCUGCUCACCAGCCCCGUGGCGGGGCCAGCCACGCUGGAGGUGGAGCUGGAGAUGAGCGAGUUCUCCCGCAAAGUCCUCCUGGGCAAGCACAUCUUCAAGGUCACGGUCUUUGUGUCCCCGUAUGUGUUUUGAUCCCCUUUUGGGGGGGCCAAGCCGGGGUCUCUCCUGGGGAGCGAUGGAGCGGGUGCAGCUCGGUGGUCCCAGUGUUUGUCCCAUUGGAGACAUCCCCAUCCCAUAAUGCUUGCUCAUGGCUGGCAGGGCAAAGCCACCACAGCAAAAAAUGGUGUCCCUGUAGGAAAAACCCCACGGGCAACGGCGGGGGGACCAGCCUGGGUGUGCCUGUCUCUGCCAGCCCCCCUCCUCUCUGCCUGCAGAGCACCCAGAGGGGAAAGACAGAGCGAGCCAACAGCACUUGGCAUGCAGGUCCAGCUUCUUGUAUCUUGUAAUCUCUAAUAAAAGA